AUGCUUUCCUCCCUUAAGGCUGCGAAAGACAAACUCUCGAAAUACUACGGUAUAACAGAUAAUGUCGAAGGUAAUCUCUAUGCAAUUAGAACGAUCUUGGAUCCGUCAAACAAGAUAGAGUUCUUUUCAACAAGAAAGAACUAUAAGAAGGAAUACCGUGAGAGCCUCCAGUCUCUUUUCGAGAGAUAUAGCCGACGUAUACCAUCAGAUAUGACACAGUCUGAUAGUAGGCUAUCAACAACCAAAUCAGCGCUUAAGAGGGCUUAUAUGCGUGAUCUAUCGAAGCCAUCAACCGGUCCGUAG